AUGGGUAGAAAGGCGAAGAAGUCACAAGUCAGCGAAGCGUUGGAGAGUGGUGUUCUUCCACUCCUCGAACUGAAGUUCGAGGCGCCAUUGUUCGCAUUUGCAGCCCAUCCUACAAGACCUAUAUUGGCCUUGGGAUUGGCAAAUGGAUACAUGUUCAUGAUUGAGUAUGAUACUUCCAAAUUGGCGUUGACGAUGCAAGAUUUGAAAAGAACAUACAAGAAGUCGAAGGCUGUGGAGUCCAAAACCAAGCUGAAGCAAUGGCGAGUGGAAACCUUGGCCAAGGAUAGCGAAUUGGCGGAUGGCUUGAGAAUCAUUUGGAAGACCAAGAGACAUAAAGGAAGCGUUAGAUCUAUAUGCUUUAACAGCGACGGCGAGGAAAUCUACUCAAUUGGAUCCGAUCACGUGUUGAAAAAGGCCCAUACCACAAAUGGUAAAGUCAUUAAGAAGACCACCGUGGAGAAUUGCUCGCCAAUGAAGCUCUACAAGUCCGAAACACACCCGUUCUUGAUCAUUGGCGACGAAGAAGGCAAUGUCCAUGUCAUUGAUUCUGAAAGCCUAAAGCUGAAGAACGUUGUCCAGAAAGUUCACGAAGAUGCCAUAAACGCUAUAGUUCCUAUGAAGAAGAAAUCUGUGUAUCAGUUUGUCUCUGUCGGCUCCACCACCGUGUCGCUUUGGGAUACCAGAAAAACUGCUUCAAACAUAACGUCUGAGAACCAAGAGGAUGAGAUCUUGAGUGCCUGUUUCGUCAACCCGGAAGAUGGGGAAACGCUGGUGUGUGGUAUGGGCGAGGGGAUCGUCACGGUGUGGAAGUACUCCAAGAAUGAGUUUACCGAUCAAAUCUCAAGAGUCAAGGUUUGCAAGGAUGAGAGUAUUGACUGUAUCAUCAGCACUUUGCAAGACGAUGGCUGCUGCUGGUGUGGCUGCUCCAGCGGUGAUGUCUUCAAGGUAGACGUUAAGCGUGGCAAGCUAGUUGAGAGCAGAGUGCACAGCUCCAUCGACGAGGUGGGCUUCUUAGACCUAGACUAUGAGUACAGGCUGAUCAGUGGAGGCAUGGAUAAAUUGAAACUAUGGAACGACAGCGACGACGCAUCCGACACAUCGCACGGAUCUGCAAGUGAUUCCCUUGCCGAGCAAGCAUCUGACAGUGAUGAUGACAGCGAAGAUGACAGCGAAGACGACAGCGAUGACUCCUCAGCUGAACAUCCGGCACAGGCCGUAACUACAGAAUCAGCAACCACAACGCACGCUGUCCACACCGAGCACGCAUCAUCCGACAACUCCUCCAGCGAGCCGGAAGUCGAACAGGCAACGCCAAAGAAGAAGAAACAGAAGCUCACCACAAAGCAAGUGCGUAAUCUACAGAAACACGAGCAUGGCAUCAGAAGAUUCGACGAUCUAUAA